AUGGCGUCUCAGCCAAUCCUGGACUGGCAGCUGGACGAGGACAGGUUCGUGACGCUACUGGAAAAGCUGAUCAACGAGGCGCGUUACCUUCAGAACAACCCUCCUGAAUGCGUGCCCAAGGAGGACCGCGCAGUGCGACACGUUCUCGAAGUGCUGCAGCCCUACAGUGAGGAGGAGGGCGGCCCGCUGCACAUCCAGCAUGUGAGCUACGUGGAGGGGCGAGGCAACCUCAUCAUCACAUACAAGGGCUCACACCCCUCCAACGUGCUCUCCUUUGUCGGCUGUCACAUGGACGUCGUCACUGCCAACCCCGAUGACUGGGACUUUGACCCCUUCACAUUCUCCCGAGAUGGGGACAAGCUGAGAGGCCGUGGCACCACGGACUGCCUGGGCCACGUGGCGCUCGUCACGGAGCUCAUGCGCCAGCUGGCAGUCUGCCGCCCGGAGCUGGGCGCUACAGUGGUGGCGGUGCUGAUAGCCAAUGAGGAGAACGCAACAGUGAAGGAUAUUGGAGUGGAUGGGCUGGUGAAGGCAGGCCUGCUGGACCACCUCAGAAACGGACCCCUCUUCUGGGUGGAUACGGCAGACAAGCAGCCGUGCAUAGGCACGGGGGGCAUGCUGGCAUGGAAGCUCAAGGCGUUUGGGAAGCUCUUCCACUCGGGCCUGCCGCACAAGGCGGUGAACCCUAUCGAGCUCGCCAUGACAGCCUUGGCGGAGAUUCAGACCCGCUUCUAUCGGGACUUUCCUCCUCACGAGAUGGAGAAGACGUAUGGGUUUGCCACACCAUCGACCAUGAAGCCCACUCAGUGGUCGUAUCCGGGCGGCAGUGUGAAUCAGAUCCCUGGGGAGUGCACACUUGCAGGAGAUUGCAGAAUAACGCCAUUCUAUGAUGUGGAUGAGGUGGCAGCAAAGCUGAGGGAGUACGUGGCAGACAUAAACGCCAACCUGUCCACACUCUCAGGCCCCGGCCCGUGCUCGAAAUUUGUUCUGCCCGAAGAGAAUCUGCAGGGCAGGCUCGAACUGGAGAUAGCAGAGGCGCCAAUGAAGGGUGUGGCGUGUAACCUGGACUCGCCUGGUUACCACGCGCUGGUAACUGCCACGAAGGAGGUGAUGGGCGAAUGCAAGCCGUACUCCAUCACGGGAUCCCUGCCGUUGAUUCGCGAUCUGCAGGAGGCGGGGUUCGAUGUGCAGACCAUGGGAUAUGGUGUCAUGGCCACUUAUCAUGCACGAAAUGACUACGAUGGAACCAUGCUCGCAUUCCUUGUGCGAGGCAAAGUCGUGUACACACUCGGCGGCCACGAAGCACUGGACAAAAUCCGCGCUUACAAGUUCCUCGAGCAGCUCCAUUCCAUCCACGUGCUCGCAGCAACCAAGGACGGGAUUUUCCGCACCGACCUGCUCACCUCUCAGUACAAUCACGCCCUUCAUAAGCUCAGCUCGCAUAUAGGCACGCUCAUGGCUACUGAGUCGAGCUUGUUUACAGCAAUUGAUUCUAUGGAUUCACCAGAAGGCGGGAGGGUGAGUGGAGGGAGGUCCAGGCCACAUCUAAGGAUGGGGGUUGUAAAUAGGGAUGAAGGGGAUGGUUGGCUGGGGGAAGAAAAUAGGGGCAUGGGUUUUGGCCUAGAGAGGGGCAUGGAAGGCGUGGAGAGGGGCAUGGGUCUAGGCUUAGAGAGUGAAGAUAGCGCUGUGAAGGUGGAAGUAGCUGAUAGCAGCAGCGGUUGCGAGGAAGAUGAGGAGGAGGGUGAAGAGGAGGAGGAAUUUGUGUGGAAUCCGCAGCAACAGCUUCAGAAGCAGCAGCAACAGCAGCAGCAGCAGCAGCAGCAGCAACGCCGGCCAUACUUAGACCUAUCGUCACUGCAGCAAGAGCAGCAGGGGCAGCAACGGCAAGCGCGGGAACAGCAGGGGCAGGGGCGGCAGGAGCAGGAGAAGAACCCUCUAAGCGACGCUGGAGACUCGCCCAUGAUCAGCCCACGGCCUGAAUGGGCGCGUCAGCUGGCCUUGCUGCGAAACUACACCAGCGAAGCCACAGAUACAGACAGCACAGCUGAGAACCAUGGAAAGGACAUGGUAAAACGGUCAGGCAGCAAAGCGAAGCAUCCUUUCAAAGAGGGGGAGGUGCGGAAAAAGGGGACGGGGAGGCAAGUACAGGCACAGAGGGACGAUGGGGAGGGGCUGAACGGAGGGAGAAGGGACCGAAGCCGCAAUGGGACCGUUGUGGGUUCAAGUUCGGAUUUCAGGCGGACGGAAGGAAAGGGGAGGUCUGUUAGUAGUGGGGGGUCUGGAGGGGCGGGGUCCGGUUUUGAUAAGGAUUUUUCAGGUGAUGGAUUGCCGAAUAGGUCUGGCUCGUUCCCGAACCUGUCUCCUGCUCGUGUGAUUGCUGCAGCCGGAGCAACGGGAGGAACAAGGGCAGCAAGAGCAACAGGGGCAGCAGGGGCAGUAGGUACAGCAGGGGCAGCAGGAGGACGAGGCAAGGCUCCCGUGGUUGCGUAUGGGCGUUGUAGGUCCUUGUCGUUUGGAGGGAGCAGCAAGACGCGCCUGCAGGCUGAUGAUUGCAGUGGUGACGAGGAUUACUAUACAGAGGACAGUUUUUAUGAGGAGCAGGUGGGCAGGAAGCGUUGCAAUGAUAAUGAGGUUUACCAUACAAGAGUUUCUGCUGUAGCUGGUGCUGGUGGUGGUGCUGGUGCUGGUGGUGAUGGUGAUGGUGGUGGUGGUUGUUCUGGUCAUGGUGGAAAGGGGAACGAGGAGAAGAAGAAGGCUUUUGGUGCAGCGUGGAAAGCACAGAAGGUGGGGCACCAGGCGGGGCGCGUUAGACGAGCAACCACUGGGUCAGGACAGCAGAAGCUGCCCUUAGGCCGUGUGAUGCACACCACCACCGGCACUAAGGUUGCUACUAGGAGCCUUACAGAUUCUAGGAAUGGUGCUGGGACUGGAGUUAGGAAUGGGGCUGGUGCUAGGAAUGCGGCUGCUACUAGGAGUGGUAGUGCUGGGAACGGCACCAAAAUCGGUGGUGGAAGUGGCAGGGAAUCUGAUGAUAGGAGUGGCAUUACUGGGGCUCGUGCUGGGGCUAGUAGUAGCAGUGCAUUGGCACGAGGGCACAUAGGGAAGUCGUUUUCGCAGGACUACACGAUGCAGGUUUUCCCAAGGGAGGAGCUGCCAGGUGGGCAGGGGCAGAGGGCUUCUGGCGGUUCAAGGGGUGGGAGAGGAGGUGUGGGGCACUCAUCGCUUGGUGGAGAGUGGGGUUUUGGUGAUUCUGGUAAUUCUGGUAAUUCGCCCUCCGGCCAAGCAUGGGACUCGGAGGUUGCAAGCAGGCUAGCAGCUGUGGGCGCUCGUGUGCUAGCAGGGAGUGGAGGAGGAGUAGGGGGAGGAGGAGCAGGAGUCGGGACGGGGAUAGUAGGGGCAAAGUUAGCAGGGAGAGAAGCAGGAACAGAUGCAGGAUUCCCGAGGGGCGGUUCGGGGGACGAUCUGUUUGACGAUAUCUCAGAAGGCGAUGAGGACGACUCUGACGCGUUUGAGUGGCGCCCAUCUCGUCGCCGCACUCGCAUGCUGGGCGGUGUUGCCCGGUCCACGUCAGCAGUCACCUCUCCCACGUCAGCGAUGGGCUGGACAGUGGUGACGGUGGGAGGUAUGGUGGCAGUGGUGACGGUGGGAGGUAUGGUGGCAGUGGUGACGGUGGGAGGUAUGGUGGCAGUGGUGACGGUGGGAGGUAUGGUGGCAGUGGUGACGGUGGGAGGUAUGGUGGCAGUGGUGACGGUGGGAGGUAUGGUGGCAGUGGUGACGGUGGGAGGUAUGGUGGCAGUGGUGACGGUGGGAGGUAUGGUGGCAGUGGUGAUGGUGGGAGGUAUGGUGGCAGUGGUGAGGGUGGGAGGCCGCAGCUUCGGGUUCGGACGAUCCUCCAGUACCAGCCAACCAGCGCGUGAGGAGCAGGCACUAGCAGCCAAAAAGGCCCAGUUGGCCACGUUCAGCCGAUGCGUGAGCACAGGGCAUUGGGAGGGGGAAGCGAGAGGGAAGAACAUCGGGAGGAGUGAGAGUGAGAGUGAGAGUGGGGAAGAGGUGCGAUGGGACAGGGGCAGGGGUGGGAGCGGGAGUGGGGGCACUGGCGUGGGCGCGGGCAGGGGCAGGGGCUGGCAUGGAAGCAGGGAAGGGCGUGGAAGCAAGGAGAAAAUAUAUUCUCAUGAAGUGACACCAACCAUUGGUGGGUUUAAUCAAGCUGUAGGCGGGUCUAGCAGCAGCCAUGGUGAUGGCACAGCCGAUGGUUACACCGAUACCACCAUUGGUUACCACCACUCACGCGAGCCAUCUCUCUUCUCCCCAGUAGCAGAGGACGAGGGCCAGGAGCCCGUCUCCUCCUCCACACUCUCCUCCUCCGCGUCUUCCUCUGCAGCCUCCCUCUUUCUCCGCUCCAUGAGCUCUGGUAGGGCAGAGGAUCUGCUGCUGCAGCAGUUUCACCGCCAUCUCUCCCCUGAGGUUCGCCCUGGCACUGCUGGUGGCGCCUGGGGAAGCAGAAACCACGCAGGUGACGAUUCGGGCGGCGGAAAUCGGAGUUCCGGGGAUUGGGGUAGUGGUAACGGUGGGAGUGGAGUCAUAGGGAAGGGAAAGGAUGGGGUGGAGGGACGAGUGGGAGGUGGGCGGAGAGGGGAGCUGGGGCGAGGAGGGGUUGGGGCGUUAGGGGGCGCAGAAGCAGCAGCAGGAUUGCGAGCGGCGUUUGUGAGUGGGAGAGCGCGCAGCAGCAGCUUCAGUGGCGCUGCUGGUGGGUUUGCGGGCAGAGGGGGGGGCGGAUGGGGUGGGGAAGACGACGAGGGAAGCACACCCGGGGGAGGGGCGUCUGGGGGAGGCACACCUGCGGGCGGAACACCCAGGGGAGGCGGAUAUGGCAGCGGGACGAGCAGCGGUGCGGAAAGCACUGGGUCAGUAAUUGAAAGAGGCGGUGGUGGUGGUAACAGUGGGAGAAGGAGAAGCGGGGGUUUGGGGAGCGGGGAUGGGGGGGAGGGCAGUGGAGGACCUAGGCUGACAGAGGCUCAGAAGCAGCGGUGGCAGGAGUACCAGCAGCUGCUGCCUCCGCUGACAUUGCCGCCUGUGCUGGAACGGAGGCUGAAAAUGCAGGAGGCGGUUCUGAAGAGGCAGGAGGCGCUGCUGCUGGAAGAGCUGCAGCAGCAGAAGGCACUGCAGGAGCAGAAGAGAGCUGAGGAGCAGCGGAAGCAGGUGGAGGAGGGAGCGCACCAGCAGCAGCAGCAGCAGCAAACGGAGAGGCAGCAGCUUGCAGGAAAGCAGGAGGUAACUUUGGUUCCGCAACAGGAAGAGUUGGGCAGUGUCCCGUUGGAGAAGCAAGAAGAGCCACAGGCAAAGGGACAGCAGAAGCUGCCAGAGCAGCAGAAACAGCAGCAGCAGCAACAGCUACAACAGCCACCGCUACAGCCCCAUCCACCCCAGAAACCAAGGCUGGAGCCGCAGCCCCCCCAGCAGCCCAGGAAGGAUCGUGACCGUCCGUUUGUGCGGCAGCGGAUCUGCCACUCGGACGAGUUCAUCCGGCUGCCAGCUGGCAUGACCGCCCGCGGGGGCGGCAGCCUUGUUGGGCUGUCCACGCGGGCGCACUGCCUGGCUGCUGCUGCCACGUCAGCAGAGUCUCCGGCGGGCGGCAGACUGAGCUUAGGAGACGCAGGAGGAGGAGAAGGAGGAGGGGAAGACGAUGGGGUAGGAGGAGGGGGGCGCGUGGAAGGAGGAGGAGGGGACAAUGGAGGAUGGGGCAGAGGAAGGGGAAGAGGGGAAAAUGGAGGAGGGCAGCUGCGAGUAGGAGCAGGGGUGGGAAGGGGCAGGGGACAAGGGGGGGGAUGGUCUAGAGAGAUCCCUAUAUCUCUGUCCGUAUCAGGCAUCCCCACACCAGGCCUAGAUGCACAGACAGACAAAAUGACAGAUGCUAUGACUCCCACACAGUCUCCCGUCUGCACGCCCCCUCCGUACGCGCGCUCACUUGUAUACGGCCGCUCCCCCCGAACGGCAUUUGACCGCUACCGCAUCCGCAGCCUGGGGGCCAUUCCCCCGGGGGGGCUUGUGGCUGGGUCCAUCGUGGUAGGGGGGACAGUGGGUGGGGUAGGUGGAGCAGCAGUUGCUGCGUCUACUGCAGCUGGUGGCAGUGUUGAUAGUACUGGUGCUGGUGCUGCCUCCGCUGCUUCUGCUGCUGCCCAUGCUGAUGCCGCUGCUGCUGAUGGUGAUGGGGAUUCUGCUGCUGGUGCUGCUGCAGAGGGAAGCGGUGGGGGAGAGCAGGGAGACGGGGCGAGCAGGCUGCGGGGAUCAGUUGGACUCACAGCCCCCUCAGGCCUCACCUGGGACGAGGAGAUCUCUCGGAAGCUGGCUCUGCGUGGGGUGCAGGUGCGGCCGACCAGCAGCAGUGUUUCAGCUGCAAGCCCCUCAUCUGCUGCUCACCUGCAAUCUAAGUUGCAAGGUGGAGGUGAUUUUGCUGCCACAGGAGAAGCAGGAGUAGCAGCAACAGCAGAAGCAGCAGCAGCCGCAGCUGCGGGUGCAGGUGCAUGUGAUGGGGGUGAGCGUGCGAGUGCCCGACUGUCAGUCUCUGAUUGGGUGCGCUCCUCUUCCACCUCCUCCUCAACUCCUGCCAAUGCAUCCGGUGCUGAAGCCGCAGCAGCAGGAGGGGCAGCAGAAGGGGCGGCUGGAGCUCCAGGUGGAAUCUCAGGUGGAAUCUCAGGUGGAGACUCAGGUGAGAGUACCGGUGCGGGUGCAGGGCGGUUGGAGGGGAAGGAACGAGGCAGCAGCCUUUUCUUUGCUGUUCCUGCUGUCCUAACUUCCAGUUCAGCUACAGAUGCAGGGGCAGCAGGGGCAGCAGGGAGAGGUGGGCUCAGAAGCCCCUCUGCGUCCAAUGCUCGUGCUGCUUCAACUGCUGAAUCUCCAUCCCCUAGGCUCCUGCUUGAUUCAGCAGCAGGCUCUUCUAAAUCCCUCCCCAGGCACAUCUCACCACCAUCACCACCACCAUCGCCACCACCAACUGGCACAACAGCAGUAGCAGCAGCAGCAGCAGCAGCAGCAGCAGGGGUAUCACCUGGGAGGUCCCUCCACCACUCCCCAAGAUCACCUACCCCAGUUAUCACCUACCCCGAUUUCACCGAGCUUUCUCUCGACCUAUCAGAGACAAUCCCCGUCACCCCUUCCCGCUCUGCCAAGGGGUUUUCGCUGCCCGCCUCCCCUGCUGCUGUCGCCUUUGCUGCUGCCGUGGCUGAGGUUGACGCGUCCGGAUUCGCAGUACCGGAGCAGAUGCUGAGGGCAGAGAAGGGCGGGAAUGAGCUGGGGUCGGAGAAGGGCGGAGCAGGAGGGUCGUUCGCGUCUUGGCGCUCGGGGAGCGGUGCUAGCAGCGGGGGGAGCGUGAGCAGGGGCAAGGCAACUAAAAAGGUGAGCAGAUGUUGCGGGCAGAGAAGGGAGGGAAUGAGCUGGGAUCGGAGAAGGGCGGAGCAGGGGGGUCGUUCGCGUCUUGGCGCUCCGGGAGUGGUGCUAGCUAGCAGUGGGGGGAGCGUGAGCAGGGGCAAGGCAACGAAAAAGGUGAGAUUAUUGUUUGAGACGUCUCAAACUUAUGGCUCUUGGGGGUGUGGGUGCUGA